GAAAAUUAAUAGUUUAAUUCUUUUUCGAGAAGCAAAAAUAAAAUUCCAAAAUUCAAUUUCCGGCGCUCCACUUUCCAAUGGACCCACUGACGCAGCUUAUCUUACCGCCGGGGUUUAGAUUUUUUCCGACCGACGAGGAGCUUUUAGUUCAGUAUCUUUGCCGGAAAGUCGCCGGCCACCAUUUCAGCUUGCCGCUGAUCGCUGAGAUUGACUUGUACAAAUUCGAUCCAUGGGUUUUACCGGGGAAGGCUUUGUUCGGCGAAAAGGAAUGGUACUUUUUCAGCCCAAGAGACCGGAAGUACCCAAAUGGAUCCCGACCGAACCGGGUGGCCGGAACGGGUUACUGGAAGGCGACCGGAACGGACAAAAUAAUCUCGUCGGAAGGGAAGAACGUGGGGAUAAAAAAGGCACUGGUUUUCUAUAUCGGAAAAGCUCCGAAGGGAACGAAAACGAAUUGGAUUAUGCACGAGUAUCGCCUCAUAGCCUCAUCCAGGAAAAUUGGAAGCUCCAAGGUACAACAAUACAACAAAUUCGAACCCAACAUUUUGAUUAUUCAAUUUUUUUUAUUAAUGGGUGUUUUUUUUUUUUUUUUUAGCUUUUUGUUGUUUGGAUUUUGUGAGGUGCGGCGCCGUCGGUGA